CUUUUUGGCCUUUCAUUUUGUGCCUCAAUUAUCCUUUCCCACUGUCUUUUUCUUGAACACAAGCCCAACUUUUAAACAGUUUAAGCCCACUAUUCAUUGCCCAUAUGGGCCUCUAACCUUCUCCUACCUCAGUCACUUCAUCCUGUCAAAGAUGGCGUCUACAGUAGCCAAGCUCAGAAGCAGCUCCAAUUUCAUCAAUGGCCUUCGAAGAUUUUCUCACGCAAUAUCCAUACCACCACCACUUGAUAGCACCAUUUAUCUCCAAACACCUUCAUCACCAUCGUUGGUUUUACCUGAACAUGACGACGACAACAACAACAACAACAACAUAGGAUUUAUGGUCCCAAAUUCACCUUUUCUUAAAGGGUCUAUGGAGCUAAUGGCUGUUCCUAAGAAAAAGGUUUCCCCUCAUAAGAGAGGCAUAAGAAAUGGACCGAAGGCUCUAAAACCAGUGCCAGUGAUUAUGCGGUGCAAGGUCUGCGGUCGAGUCAAAUUACCACAUUUCUUUUGCUGCAGUGGAAUCAAGCCUGGUGAUGAGAAUAGUUCCAGCAGUUGAUCAACUUGAAGUGGAGCAUCCAACAUAAUUUCUUCAACUUCAACUUUGUUGUUCUGGUAGAGUUUUUUUUUUGUUUGAAAGAAAGAAGUUUAAAAUAUGCACCAUAGCUGCACAAUAGCAUAGGCCUCUUGCUGAAGAACCUGUUUUGCAUGUUUAAGUUGCACUAUAUUAGUUUUAUUUCUUCCAA